AUGGUCGUACUCGAGAUGAGAGAAUUCGAACACAGAAUUCCUGUGCGAGCGGGAAUGGCCAGCCCUCGACCCCUUGUGAUGCAAAAUUACUUCCUCCAAUUUGGUCGUCAACUUCCAGACAUCGAAGCCAACCAGAUUUUCGUUCAAUGGAUUUACAACUACAGUAUCAUUGAAGCAAGGGUCAACGAUUACCUUAGCUCGGUUACAACUAUCCCCAAGGUAGCCGCCAACGGCCAAGUCAGCCAAGCUUGGCUUGAUGCCGUGAGGCCUUGGUUACAUGGCUACAUCUGGGUUGGGGAGAGGGGUACGGAUGUCAGAAUCUACUUGGGCCACCAAGACAUCACCCUUGAUUUUGUCCAACCCUUGAUGUAUGUCACCAAAGUGAAUAGUACUCAGAAGUGGACAUUCGUGCCACCAUGGACUUCACCAGACAAGCCUACAGUCCCGCCUGGCCCGCCUCACACCACACCGAGAAACCCUCCUACAGUCACUUCUGGAGUUACUCCUGUCACUCCCGUUGUCAUGGCUAGCAUGGUCGCAGCGGAGACAGCUCCCCUCAGUAUCGUCAAUACCAGCAAUACAGCCGUGGCUGACGACAAUGUGGAUCCCCGAAUCUUCGAUGACUCUCCUCCACAUCCUCUGUCCGACGCCGAUGCUGAGAUUCUGGAAGAAGCCGCCGUAAUUCUCGACGGAGUCACUGGCAAUGACAACACGGAUCCAUCUCAGCCUGCCGCGCCGCUGGGAGUCCUUCCACCAAACCUGUUCAGCGGCUUCGGCGGACUGGACGCAUCGUGCGCUUUCGGCUCUCUGGAGAGUUUCAAAGCGAAUGUAUUCGACCUAAGCAUCUCCAACCCGAGCAAGAUAUCGACAUUUACUGUCACUGGCACGGACACCAGAACCACCCAGUACACAAUUCCCAGCUACCUCAACUUGACCUGGGGCACCGUGUCUGAAUCCUUCUCGGCGACUGGAACCUCCAAGGUCGAUUUCAUGCACGAUCUCUCAGACACGAUCGACCUCGGCUUCAACUUCUUCGGCUUCGGCGCUGAGUUCAAACGAACUUUUGAUCAACAUACCAAAGAGGAGACCUUCCAAAAAUACAUGGCUCUGUACGACCAGGAAGUGGUGUACAAGGUCGGUCUGAAGAACAAGGACGAGGUCAGGGACCACCUCUCUCCUGACUUCAAGAAAGCCUUGGCCACUUGGUCUGCGGAAAACAUCGUGGAUCAAUUCGGUACACACUAUAUGACGGAAGCCUGUUUUGGAGGCCUUCGAAUCAGCUCAACCACACUUGACGAGUUGAACACUGUCAGUAAGUCCGAUCUAGUUGAUGCGAUCGAGCUGAAGGCACCAAUAAACGACCCUGAUACCGGAACCAAGGUGGGCGACGUCAGUAGCAAGCCCAAGAGCGAAGACCAUGUCGUCAACACCAUCCUGAAGACUAUGGAUGUCGUCAAAACUAAGACCAUAGGCGGCACUGCGCCUGACGGAGCUGCUCUUUACGGCUGGAGACAGAGCCUGGCGUCCAAUCCUUCAGUCGUGAAGUACAAGCUCAAGUCACUCGACACGCUGGUGGACGACGCGACCAAAAAGUCUGAGUUGCAGAAAGCCAUCAAGGCCCGUCUGGCACUGACGCAACCUGUCGAUGGAUGCAAUGUGCUGGCGAUCCGGGUUCCUCUCAAGCCAUAUUUCUCCGACCGAGAUUCUCGCGGCAAGCACGACAUGAGCGUCGCCUAUCCGGACGUCCCGAAGGGUUGGUAUGCAGUGGGCCAAUUUGCGCAGGGGGCGGCGCUUGAGGAUGCCUUCCACGGCAAUAGCUCGUGCAUUGCAGUACGAGGCAAUCCUAAUUUCGACCUCGACCCCGAACAUGCGUGCCCGGCUCUGUUCGGGGCGACGGCUGCGAAACGACGCUGGUACGCCAGCCGCGGCGACCACCAGUACGGCAUGUUUACCCCAGUUUUCGACAGCCCGUACCAGGACGACUUGCUCAAGAAGUAUCCCGCCCUCAAGACCUCGCCUCAGGUGUCCCUGAGCGAUCAGUAUCUGGCCCUGGGCGACAUCUUCGAGCCUGCGACCGAUCCCCUGGGCAUCAACCGCACGUCCUUGGAGAACGUCGCCUGCUUCCACGUCAGCUGCCUGAAAGAGGUACCCAAAUUCCCCGUCAAGGUCUGGAUCUGGGACGACACAAGCACGGGAGGAACACCCGACGUGACCAUCAUGGGCGCGCCGAAUCUGGAGAUGCCUGACGGCAAGUCGAAGGAACGCCGUCAGAUGGUCCUCCAGGCCCCGGAGACGGGCCCCGCAUACCUGUUCAAGUGUUUGCCACGUGGCGACGACGGGAGCACGGAGAAGUGGUACACGCUUGACUGGGACAAGGUCAAGUGGAUGGAGAAUAAGUGGAUGGCGGAUAUUCCACAUUGA